AUGAAGCUAUUUGGCCCGGGCUAUUACCGGUUCGACAUCCUCGUUUUGUUCUUUUAUCAACUGAACCACUUCUUUGGUGUACAACAACUAUUCCCAAUUUUCCUCAACUACACUCCGAAAACCGUAUGUGAAGGAGAACGAUGCUUUGAAGUACCGAAGAACAAGUGCAUAGAAUGUCCAGACUGCCCGGAUCUUUGCGCUAACGCCACUACGCCGGCUGCUAAGGCUGAAUGUGUCAAUAAAUACUCGUUUGCUUACUUCAAAUCUGCAGCAAUGGAAUACAGAAUUCCCUGCAAACCUGGAUGGAAAAACUUCCGUCCUGCUUUCGCACAAUAUUUUGGCGUAUUGGUGGGUAACCUUUUCUUGGGAUGGAUCGCCGAUGCCAUUGGACGUCGUAAAACCUACAUUCUGUCUCUUGCUAUCGGUAUACCGGCUCUAGCACUAUCUGGUAGGUUCAGUGAAAUAGUUCUCUAAUU